AUGAGCCACGCAAAUUGGUUAUCGCCUUCUUUCCCCGCGGAGUAUACUCGCUACGAUUUACUCCAUCGGUUUAACUUAGGAACUCGAGGUUUGCCUUCUUCGGCGAGCCUAUCCCAUGAAGAUGGUAUACACUACACAGCAUACCCUAACAUGGUUUCCCCAGGUGUUUUAAUCGACGAAGACGGCGAAAGAGCGAGUGAAGCAGAGAAUAUGGGAUCAAAACAUUACUAUACCGGCAGUGAUGUGAAACCCCCCUACUCGUAUAUUGCCCUAAUCACGAUGGCGAUAGAAAACUCGCAAAACAAGAUGCUCACAUUGAGCGAGAUUUACGAAUAUAUUAUGACCCGUUUUCCAUACUUUCGUAAGAACCAGCAAAAGUGGCAAAAUUCAAUACGACAUAACCUGAGUCUAAACGAUUGUUUCAUCAAAGUACCCCGAAGUAUGUUUGGUAAACCAGGGAAAGGUAAUUUCUGGAGUUUACAUCCAGCUUGUGGAAAUAUGUUUGGGAAUGGCAGCUUCUUGAGGCGACCUAAAAGAUUUAAAUGUCAUCCACCAAAAUCAUCCAACGAUCCUGCAUUUGUACACCAUGUUGAUUCCUAUCAUCAUUUUAGUCUGUUCAGUACAAUGCAUCGUCACACGGCUCAGCACAGAUUCUCGCCUUAUGUAGUGAAACCAUUUCAACACAUUCUCACUCCUGCCUGUUCUCUACGGCAAGCCUAUUCCACGAGUUUUGCCUUAAAUAACGAACAGAACACGAACAAUUUCUCGAAGAAAGGAUUCAGCGUCCACGAAAUUAUGGACAAAGCUGAGGAUAGUGAGUUAUAA